AUGAUCAUGAUUAACAACCAAUCAUCGCCUUCUUAAUCUUACUAGACUAGUUUACACUCAUAGUCUACAUAAUAUUAAAACUCUUCUAUUAUACCUCAAUCUUCUUCUAUAUAGCAGGCUCUCUAUAAUUCUGUACCCCAGAUAUUCUAGGGUACCAGUCAUCACUCCCACCAACUCCAAUAGUAGUAGUAGGCUUUACAGAAUUUCUAAUUGAAUACAGCCUCAAAUAUCAAUAAAGGUGGUACUAGUAAUAUGGCAUCUUCAAAUGGAGCCAACAAUUUGAUUUAACUUAUGAAUGGAGCCAAUAAUCAAAGCUCCCUUGCCCUAAACUCUACUACUUCUAGCAUAAAUGCUAAUGGUAAUGUUAAUGCCGCAAAUAACGGAAAUCUUCUUCUCUAAUCCUUAUUGUUGAGUACCCUGCAACAGUAGAAGUAAUAGAAUAAUUAAAAUUAGCCUUAGUCUCAAGUUAUAAAUUAAGGAGGGUUCUAUCAAUAACAAAAUUUGUAGGCCUCCUCUCAGCUAAAUUCAAAUCUCCAAAAUCAGAAUAUAAAUGGCAUGAGUAUUGAAGGAGUAAUUAAUGGUGCUAGAUAUGCUUAAAACAACAAUCAAAAUGGCAGCAAUAAUAAUUUGCAGCCAUCUUAAGUCUUUUAAAAUGGUAGUUUCUUCCCAAACAACUAGGUUCUAUCUUCUAAUGUCGUCCCUAAUGCUAAUCAAUUUCAUGCUAAUCACAAUGCAGUCCAACAGAAUUUCUCAGUCAGUUCAUUGAUAAAAUAAUAGAAUAUGGCUGACUAAUUCUAAGAUGCUAAUUCAAUUAAUGGCUUGCUUAAUGCAGCUGCUAAAAUGAAUGCUAGUAUUGUUUAGCAAAAUAAUUCUCAGUUUUCUUCUGCUAAUAUUAAUGGUAAUAACAAUAUCCAGUCCUAAAUUGUUUUAAAUCCUUAAAUUAGUCAGCUUAAUUAGACCCAAAAGCUGUAAUACUAACAAAUUUAGGCCCAACAAAAACCAAUUUAACAGCAAUAACAUGAGCAAACCAAUCAAAAUGUUUUAAAUAUCCUUCAAAAUAUUUCCAAGGUAUAGCAAGCAAAUAAAUAAAAUCAAUAAUAAGCCCAAGUUAAUCACUAGCAGAUAAAUUAAUAAAGAACUCAAGUUCAAGUGUCAAUAUAAAAUCAAAAAAAUUAAAAUUUAAUCAAUAAGAGCCAGAUUCCUAGCCCUAAUUCUUAAAAUAGGAGAAAUUAAAAGUAUGAAGCGAAAAAUAGUAGUCCUCAAGAUAUUAAUAAAUAAAUGAAUCACCUAUAAGUACCUCAACAAAGAUCAAACUUCAGUAAUCAAGGAAAUAAUAGAUCUUAGUUUGUUUCUCCUAAAGAUGGAUACAUACUAGGCAAGAAAAGGCCAAGUCCUUAUAAUUCUUCAUCAGAAGAUAACUCAUAGUAUAAAAGGCCGAGAACACAAGAGGAGAUCAUGAAGCAGAAAGAACAGCAACUAAUUAGACUUAGCCAAAUGGCAUUUUCAACAUAAUAGUCAGAUGUAUCUCGAGGAAAGAUUUACAUUCCAACAAUGCCAAAAAUAGACUUGAAUAAGUCAAAGAGUCAGGUUAAUGAUGUCUCUCAUUAAAGUUAUUAAUAAUAGUAGCUAUUUGGUAGAGAUUUGUUAUGA